AUGCACACCACGGUUACUUACAUGCACGCCACAGUUACUUACAUGCACACGACGGUUGCUUACAUGGACACCACAGUUACUUACAUGCACACCACGGUUGCUUACAUGCACACCACGGUUGCUUACAUACACACCACAAAUACUCACAUGGACACCACGGUUGCUUCCAUGCACGCCUCGGUUGCUUACCUGGACACCACGGUGGCUGACAUGCACGCCACGGUUGCUUACACGCACACCACAAAUACACACAUGGACACCACGGAUACUCACAUGGACACCAGGGUUGCUUACAUGCACAGCACGGUUGCAUACAUAGACACCACGGUUGCUUGCAUGGACACCACGGAUACUCACAUGCACACGACGAUUGCUUACGUGCACACCACGGUUGCUUACAUACACACCACAAAUACUCACAUGGACACCACGGAUACUCACAUGCACACCACG